UAGGUUUCCGUUUGUAAACGAAAGUAAUUGUACCGUGUGUUUUGUGAUAAAUUUAGGAAAUUAUCACGAUAAAUGUUACCGUAAUAGAAACGCUUAAGCUUACGACAGUAUUGUUUCGCUAUUAAGUAGUAUCGCUAAUCAUGGUUCGAAGUAGCGACAAGGAUAGGCAUCACAGGAGGAGAUCGAGAUCGCGAUCGCGAUCUCGGUCCGCUACUCCGGAAAAAAAACGUCGGCGGUCUAGGAGUAGAGAUAGGGAUAGAGAAAGAGAUAAGGGACGACACAGGGAAAGAAGAAGUCGUUCCAGAGAUCGGGACAGGGACAGAAGAGAUCGAUCCGAGAGAGACAGAGAUCGUGACAGGAAACGUGGAGACAGUAAAGAAAAGCGUCUUACAGGCUCAAAGUCUUCACGUUCAGGCAAAGAUCGGUCAAAUAGAUCAAGAUCAAGAGAGAGGAAAGAGAAAGAGAAAGGUGAUAGUGACGAGUUGCCAUUUGAUCAUACUAAAUUAGACAAGGAGGAGGAGCAGAAAAGAUUAGAGCUGGAAAUGCAAAAGAGAAGGGAAAGAAUAGAGAGGUGGCGUGCAGAAAGGAAAAAGAAAGAGUUGGAGGCAACUAAGAAAGAUGGUAAGGCAUCCAUUUUAGCAAAUCUACAGCUGCCUAUGAAAAAGUGGUCUCUGGAGGAUGACAGUGAUGAGGAGACUCCUGUUGUUCAGAAUAGCAACAAGGAAGUGAAAGAAGAUGGAGAGACGAAAGAGGAAGUGGAAGAAGUUAAGGAAGAAGCUAAAGGUGACGAAGAGGAAGUUGAUCCCCUUGAUGCCUUCAUGGCAGAGGUUCAAGAGGAAGUUCGGAAAGUGAACAAACUCGACAACAAAGGUGGAAAGAACGCUAAUAAUGGUACCGGCACAGGAGGUACUCAAAGUGGUGGUGUAGUUAUCGUAACAGGCGUAGCCAAGAAAAAAGUGCAGAAACAGAAAGGGGAGUUGAUCGAACAAAAUCAAGAUGGUCUUGAAUAUUCUAGCGAAGAAGAAGGAGAAAAUCUUCACGAAACAGCCGCCGGUAUCGCGAACAAACAGAAACGAGAAUUGGCAAAAGUAGAUCACGCGACGACAGAGUAUCAGCCAUUUAGAAAAUCAUUUUACGUCGAAGUGCCUGAAAUCGCGAGAAUGACACCAGAAGAAGUGGAAGCAUACAAGGAAGAAUUAGAAGGUAUUCGCGUGAAAGGUAAAGGCUGCCCGAAACCGAUAAAAUCAUGGGCGCAGUGUGGAGUCACCAAGAAGGAAUUGGAAGUUUUAAAGAAACUCGGUUACGAAAAGCCAACUCCCAUUCAGUGUCAAGCCAUUCCAGCAAUUAUGUCUGGUCGCGAUUUGAUAGGAAUAGCAAAGACAGGAAGCGGGAAAACAUUGGCGUUUCUGUUACCGAUGUUUAGGCAUAUUCUUGAUCAACCACCUCUGGCAGAUGGCGAUGGCCCAAUAGCAUUGAUCAUGACACCGACCAGAGAAUUAUGCAUGCAAAUUGGAAGAGAUUCGAAAAAAUUCACCAAGUCUCUAGGGCUCUCUCACGUAUGCGUCUACGGUGGUACCGGUAUAUCUGAACAAAUAGCUGAAUUAAAGAGAGGUGCUGAAAUAAUCGUCUGUACACCGGGUAGGAUGAUCGAUAUGCUCGCCGCAAAUAGCGGAAGGGUGACAAAUCUACGCAGAGUAACUUACGUAGUUCUUGACGAAGCGGAUAGAAUGUUCGACAUGGGUUUCGAGCCUCAGGUGAUGCGCAUCAUGGAAAACGUUCGACCAGAUCGACAAACUGUACUAUUCAGUGCAACAUUCCCUCGACAAAUGGAAGCAUUAGCGAGAAGAAUUUUAACUAGACCUGUGGAAGUUCAAGUUGGAGGACGAUCUAUUGUUUGCAAGGAUGUUGAACAGCACGUGGUAGUUCUCGAAGAGGACCAGAAGUUUUAUAAAUUACUUGAAAUUCUUGGUCACUAUCAGGACAAAGGUUCUGCUAUAAUAUUCGUAGACAAGCAAGAGAACGCUGACACUCUGUUGAAAGACCUCAUGAAAGCCUCCUAUUCCUGCAUGUCACUUCACGGUGGUAUCGAUCAGUGCGACAGAGACUCGACGAUAUUGGACUUCAAAGCGGGCAGAACGAAAUUACUAGUCGCCACCUCGGUCGCUGCUAGAGGUUUGGAUGUAAAACAUCUCGUACUCGUAGUAAAUUAUGAUUGUCCGAAUCAUUACGAAGAUUACGUGCACAGAUGUGGAAGAACAGGAAGGGCUGGAAACAAGGGGUACGCAUACACUUUCAUCACAUCAGAGCAAGAACGUUACGCUGGCGAUAUUCUACGUGCCCACGAAUUAGCUGGAGUUCCUGUUCCUGAACCGUUGCGCCAACUUUGGGAAGGGUAUAAAGCCAGACAAGCAGCAGACGGUAAAAAAGUCCACACCGGAGGUGGUUUCAGUGGUAAAGGCUUCAAGUUCGACGAGUCGGAGGCAGCUUUAGCAAACGAGAAGAAGAAAUUCCAGAAAGCAGCCUUAGGAUUACAAGAUUCCGACGACGAAGACAUAGAGAACGAUAUCGAUCAACAGAUAGAGAGUAUGUUAGCACCAAAGAGAACUGUCCGCGAGAUUGCCAGACCUUCUGCCACCAACAUCGCGGUUCCUGGUCAACCUGUACCUAGUGCAACGGACAAAUUAGAAUUAGCUAGGCGAUUGGCGUCCAAGAUCAACAUAGCAAAGAACUUGGGAGCUGAAGCAAAGGGUGCGACGCAGCAAGCAGCAGAAGCCAUACUCAAGGGUGCUGGUCCUACCAAUCUCAUAACAGCUAAGACAGUUGCUGAACAAUUGGCCGCCAAGCUGAAUACCAAAUUGAACUACCAGCCUCGCGAGGAGGAUCUCGUGGAAAGCGACGCAGAAGCUGGUGAACAGACGUUCCGUAAAUACGAGGAGGAAUUGGAGAUCAAUGAUUUCCCACAGCAGGCUAGGUGGCGCGUCACCAGCAAAGAAGCUCUUGCACAAAUCUCCGAAUAUUCCGAGGCUGGUCUGACAGUCAGAGGAACUUACAUUGCACCCGGUAAAGCUCCGCCAGAAGGUGAGAGGAAGUUGUAUCUCGCUAUCGAGUCUACCAGCGAACUAGCAGUUAGCAAGGCCAAAGCAGAAGUUUCGCGACUGAUCAAGGAAGAACUGAUUAAGUUACAGGCAUCUGGUGCGCAUACUGCGUCUCGUGGUCGAUACAAGGUUUUGUAA